UGAACACAAGGAAUAACUCACAGGUAGUCCUUGCAAAGGACUGAACCCAGCUGGUCCAUGGAUACAGGACUGUGCAUCCUGGCGGCAUCCCUACUCAGCAGUGUGAUCUGCUACAGUGUGGAGCCAACACGUACCUGGGUGGCCGACAACCCGAACUGGGGUCCCAAAAAGGCACACGACAUUUGGUUCAGCCAAGUGAAGAAACCCUUUCCCAACUGUCCCGAGUACAAGUUUCCGAUAAACACAGAUGUGAACUGUGUGAAGACGCCGGAGGGCGGCGAGUGCGAAGUCAGUUGCAUCGGCAAGAACCACUUCUAUGGGGAGCGGCCGACCGUCCGCAAAAUGAUUCUUUCGUGCAGGCGCGGCACCUGGGGCAUUAAGAACGGAGCGCCCACGGCAAAGACCAUACAGCACUGCGAUGGUGCUUGCAUCUGCCGCAACGGUGGCAUUUGCAACGGCGAGAAGGUGUGCCACUGUCGCAAGGGCUACGGCGGAGUCAGCUGUGAGAAGUACAAGGAGUUCGCGUGUCCGGAAGAGCCGCCUCAGCUGCCCAGGAAUUCGAAAACCGUUUGCCGUGGCGACACCUGUGAGGUACAGUGCUCCAGAGGAUUUUCCCUCGCCGAUGGCCGCAGUCGGGUUCUGCUGAAGUGUGAGGGUACCAAAUACAUUGAUUUGGCUGGAGGCCACACCAAGAUAUCGGAUUGCGAGGCAACAUGUUCUCCGGUUUGCCUCAACGGCGGCAAGUGCAUUGCGGCCAAUGUCUGUGAAUGUCCACCCAGCUUCCGGGGCAAGCAGUGCCAGUAUCCAGUCUCUAGCUGCAACAUAACCACGUUCAAUGGCAACUUUCAAUGCGACCACGCCCCAGAUCGCUCCGAGUGUAGGCUGACCUGCCCAUCUUUACCCGGAGUCAGUGUCCAGGGUACGCUGCAGUCGCUAUACGUCUGUGAUUACAGCACUGGCCAGUUUCAGCCCACACCAGCGGUCAAGUGCAUUUAUCCUCCCAAUAGAAACAUUUCGCAGCACAUCAGCACUUCCGACACGCAGACAAAUGGAACAGUAACCAUAACUGGUGGCCACGUCCUCCCAUGGCCGGAUAAUCUGAUCAGCAUAUGUGACCAAUAUGGUCGUUACAACAACAGUAAUGACUGGAUCUCUGAGCGGCCAGAUGUUGAUGACAUUGAUGGGGCCCACAGAUUGCGUCCGAAGCCCCGCAAGGAUAUUGUUGUGGCACCAAAGCCGUCGGUUUGCAGUUCUUGGAAUGGUCGAAAUAUACGAACCUUUGACGGAUUGCUGUAUAGGGUGCCACUGAACUGUGCCCACACUCUGGUCAGUGACAAGAUCUAUGGGGCAUUCCAUGUGUCCAUUAAGAGCCCCUCAAGCACAUCGCCACUGACUAUUCAGAUCCAAUGGCAGUCCGUGCAAUACACGCUGGAGAAUCUCAAUGGAAGUGUGACUCUUUCCACGCCCAGUAAGAAGCUUUCGCUGCCCGUCCAGGUGCUGGGCAUGAAGAUAGUGACGUUCGCUCAGCACAUUGAAGUCGACCUUGAGUCGGUGGGUCUGCAAUUAAUCUGGGAUCACCAUCAGCAGCUCGCGGUGCACGCCAGUGUCGAUCUCUGGCAAAAGUUGGGAGGUCUCUGUGGGCAUCUCGAUGGCAACUGUGACAACGAUCUAAUGAGCCGAUCAGGCAGCGUGUCCAAGGCAAUUCGCACUUUUACCGACAGUUGGCGCAAUGCUGACCAAACGUGUGUCCUCGAGCCCGAUGAGGAUUUGGCUCAGUGCCACGGAGAUCGCCAUAAGAAGGCGGUCAGCAAGUGCAAGGAUCUGCUGUACAAUCUUAAGCUAAAGUCCUGUCUGGAGCAGUUCAACCAGGAGGCUCUACUGCGUACCUGUAUCAGUGACCAAUGUGCCUGUGAUGAUGGUCAGGACUGCAGCUGCAAUCUCCUGCAGUCGCUGGUGGACGAGUGUCGGUUUGAGGGCCUUGAGCCAGCCAAGGAUUGGCGCAAUCUUCAGCUGUGUCCCAUCAGCUGCAGCGGUGGUCGCAUCUACCAGACGUGUGGUCCGCAAUCGCAGCCCACCUGCGAGAAUGAAGGAGUCAGUGCGCCCGGUGAAUGCUUUGAAGGAUGCUAUUGCCCCGAAGGCAAGCUGCAGUACAGGGAUACGUGUAUCGAACGAAAGAUGUGUCCCUGCGAGCUGCGGGGACGAGAGUUCCAGCCCGGGGAGAAGCACCAAAAGGACUGCAACACGUGCCUCUGCCAGUCGGGGAAGUGGCAGUGCACCGACAACAAGUGCGACAAACGCUGCUCGGCCUUUGGGGAUCCCCACUAUCGCACCUUCGAUGGCAAACGUUACGAUUUCCAGGGCCGCUGCCUCUACUACCUGCUCAAGACUUCCAGUCGUUCAGUGGAGGGCGAAAACAUCAAGUGCUCUGGGGCCAUCGAUGAAGCUGUGGAGCCAUCGCCCACUGGACACUCCUGCACCAGAUCGAUAGUUCUGCGUUUUACCCUCAGAGAUGGCGGUCCAACGGUCAUCAAGCUGGACCAGAAGCUCCAUAGCUCUGUCAACGGUGAGGCUGUGACGCAGCUCCCACUGGAGUUGGGUAACUGUGAAGUGGUGCUUCGACUGGCCAGCCAUAAUUUCCUGACGGUCACCUUUGACGACGGCCUGGUGGUGUGGUGGAACGGCCAAUCGACAGUCCACAUUGAUGCACCCUACAGCUACUUUGACAACACGGCCGGUCUCUGUGGCACGUUCAACGACAACACGAAGGACGACUUCCUCACGCCCGACGGUGACUACGAAGGCACCGCUGUGGCGUUUGCCAAUAAAUGGCGGACCAAGGAGAUGUGCGCAGAGCCAGAGCCACCCGUGGCGCCCACACCCUGCUCCGAGAAUCCCCAACAGCUAAAGGUAGCCGAAGAGAUGUGCUCGCUGCUCAGAUCCGACACCUUCUCGCCCUGCCACUGGGCUGUAGAUCCUACCAGCCACUACGAGGACUGUAUUGCCGAUAUAUGUGCCGCCAAGGACUCCACCACAAGUCCGGCUACAACCAACAAGGCCUUGUGCGAGCUGCUUGCCGACUAUGCACAUCUUUGCGUGCGGAAUGGCAUUCGCACCAGCUGGCGGCAAUCGAUCAAACAGUGCUCAAUCAAGUGUCCCGAUGGCCAGGAGUACGACGAGUGCGGUGACUCGUGCGCCUUGAGCUGCCACGAUCUGCAGCAUCGGGAUCAGUGCAAGCGCCAGUGCAUCGAAGGCUGUCGCUGUCCCAAGGGACACUUCCUCAACGACGAGCAGGAGUGUGUUCCGCAGAAGGCGUGCUCAUGCCACUACGAGGGGAUUAGCUUCAAGCCAGGCUACAAGGAGGUGCGACCGGGUCCUCGGGUCCAGCAAUUGUGCACCUGUUUGGAUGGCCUUUGGCAGUGCCACGAUGCGGACAAGGAUGACUUAAUCGUUUAUCCGCCAUUAGGCAACCUUCGCAAACAGUGUGCCAAGACUCCCUACGCCAAGUUCGUUUCCUGUGCCCCCAAAGAGCCCAGGACAUGCAAGAACAUGCAUGACUUCAAGCCGGACACUGCCGCCUGUCGUCCCGGCUGUGUCUGUGACGAUGGCUACGUGUACGAUGUGACGCGCCAGCAGUGCGUGCCAUCGGAGAAGUGCUCCUGCUACCAUGCGGGAAGGAGCUUUGAUGACGGCGACACCUUCAAAGAGCUGUGCAAUCUGUGCGUUUGCCAGGGUGGCUCCUGGAAGUGCAGCCGCAACGAUUGCGAGUCCUCUUGCAGUGUCUGGGGUGACUCUCACUUCAGCACCUUCGAUGGUAAGGACUUUGACUUCCUGGGCGAGUGCGAUUACAUACUGUCCAAGGGCGUCAACGAUCAGGGCCAAGGCUUCUCCAUUGUCAUACAGAAUGUACUGUGCGGCUCAUCGGGUGUGACGUGCUCCAAGUCCUUGGAGAUCAAUUUGAGCGGCAAGGCAAGUGAGGGUAAGGGCCAGGGUCAGGAGCAGCUAAAGCUGAGCGCUGGCGGUAUUUAUGCAACGGAUUCCAAUACAUCGACUAUAGCAGGUCUUCGCAAGCAGAUAAGCUCUCAUUCCUCCAGCUCAUUCCACAUCUACAAGGCGGGAGUGUUUGUUGUCGUCGAGGUACUCUCGUUGCAUCUGCAGAUCAAAUGGGACGAGGGGACCCGCGUCUAUGUGAAGAUUGGCAACGAGUGGCAGGGCCGGGUGGCCGGCCUAUGUGGCAACAACAAUGGCAAUAGCUUGGAUGACUUCAAAUCCCCAUCGGGGGGACAGGAGACAGAGCCCACGCUCUUUGGUCACUCGUGGCGGACGCAUCAGCAGUGCGUGCUGCCCCAACAACUGUUUGAUUCGUGUCAGCGGAAUCCACAGCGUCGUGCCUGGUCCGAGUUGCAAUGUAGUGUCCUGAAGUCGCCCCUAUUCGCAGCCUGCCAUGUGGAGGUGCCGCUGGAGCGUUACCUGAAACGCUGCAUCUUUGACACCUGUGCCUGCGAUCAGGGUGGCGACUGCGAGUGCCUCUGCACGGCUGUGGCUGCCUAUGCCGAUGCUUGUGCCCAGAAAAGCAUCAACGUGCGUUGGCGUACGCCCCACUUUUGUCCCAUGCAAUGUGAUACCCAUUGCUCGGACUACAGUGCCUGUACUCCAGCUUGUCCUGUGGAGACCUGCGAUAAUCUGCUAGAUCAGGGAGAUUCGGGGCGUUUGUGUCAUCACGAGAACUGCGUCGAGGGCUGCCUGAUCAAGCCCUGUCCGCCGGGUCAGAUAUAUUUAAACGACACCCACACGGUGUGCGUGCCCAGGUCGGAGUGCAAGCCAGUGUGUCUGGUGCGGGAGGACAUCACAUACUACGAGGGCGACAUCACCUACACGGAUGACUGUGCCACCUGUCGCUGCUCCAAGAAGAAGGAGGUGUGUAGUGGCAAGCCCUGUCCACCCGUCGUAACCACUGAAGGACCAUCUGUCACGGGCACAGGAACAGUGCCAAAUCUAGAUCGGGGCAAGAACUGUGUGCGCGGCUGGUCGCGUUGGUUGGAUCGUGGCUCGAGUGCGGGUGGCAUUAAUCUCAACGAUGUGGAACCGCUGCCCAAGUUCGAUCGCUUCGAGUCCAUUUAUGGCACCUGCAAUCGGGAGUACAUGACCAGCAUCGAAUGCCGCGUUAAGGACACCAAACAGUCGUACGACCUUGUGGAUGAUAAUGUCGUCUGCAACCUGGAUCGGGGUCUUGUCUGUGUGGGUAAAUGCCACGACUACGAGAUUCGAGUACAUUGCCUGUGCGAUGAUGAUGGAUACACCACCGCUAAGCCCCCACCGCCCCCACCACCCACAGAGAUCUGCGAUCCGUCGUUCCAGAUGUUCAAGGAGUACCCUGGGGACUGCUACAAGUAUCUGCGCUGCGAGCACAUUCCUGGGAAUACAAACUGGCACUGGGUGCCCGGUCUUUGUGGCACCAAUCUGAUGUUCAAUACGGCCAUCGGUGCCUGCGAUCAGGUCUCAAUAGUAUCACGGAUUAGGCCGCAGUGCCGCAAGAUAACCGACCGUUGUCGCGACGAUGAGGAGUGGAACGAUUGCGCCAACCAAUGCGAGCACACGUGCCACUUCUUUGGCCAGCAGUUGAUUAAGCGAGGGCUCUGCAAUCCCGGCGAACACUGCAAGGGCGGAUGCGUGCCUAAGAAGCGGCCGGAUUGUAGGGCCCUAGGUAAGUUCUGGCGCGAUGAGAACACCUGUGUGGAUCAGGAUGACUGUCCUUGCCUGGACGACGACAAUGAUAAGUACGUGCAACCACAUGGGAUUAUUAUCAAUGAUCAGUUCGACUGUCAAUGUGUGUUCAAUCAAUAUGUGUGCGUCCCAAAAAAGACCACCACGGAGGCGCCACCGAUUGGAGGUCACACCACAACUACAGCAUUACCUUUGAUACCCACAACUCUUACUCCGCCUGUAUUGUGCCCAACAAAUAGCAUGGUUCGCUUCUUUACGAGGGAACCCUCUAUAAGCGACAGUGCCUUCAGUGCUUCCAGCUCGCUGAGCAACGACCACGUGGCGCAUUUGGCCCGUCUGCACCGUAAGCCCAAGCUCAAUGCUGGGGCUUGGACACCGAAGAUCAGCGAUCAGUCGCAAUAUUUACAGGUGGACUUUGAGCGGCCGCAAGGCAUCUAUGGACUGCUCAUUGCCGGCGAUCCACACAACGACAACUAUGUGACGCUCUUCAAGGUGCUGUACAGCCUGGAUGGCGAGGGCUAUCACGAACUGAUCGAUCAACGAGGAGAGCCACAGGUGCUGAUAGGACCUAAGGAUUCGCGUGUGGCCCGUGCGCAUGUUUUCCAGCGCCCCAUCGAGGCCAAGUCUGUGCGUCUCUAUCCGCUGAGAUGGCAGAAUGCCAUUGCCAUACGCUUUGAUCUACUGCUUUGCAACCAUGUGCCAACCACCACAGCUCCAGUGCCCGAUAGGACGACGCCUCUGCCGCCCACGAAGCCACCACUCGACAGGCUGAUCUGUGACGAUCCUCUCGGUGUGGACAACGGAAAACUGCAGCCCCAUCAAGUGACCGCGAGCAGUAUUUGGCUAUCCUCGCAGGUUGAUAGCCAGGUGGGUCUCUUGGACCUACUGCAGUUCCGCUCCCAGCUGGGCUGGCGUCCACUGGCCAACAAGCAGGACGAGUAUGUGGACUUUGAUUUCCUGGAGCCACGCAACGUGACAGCCGUACAGACACGGGGCGGAGUCCACGGCUGGGUCACCGCCUAUCGCGUACUCUUCUCCCUGAACAGGCUGGUGUGGAACGAGCUGCCUGGACCGAAUGGAGAUGCUCAUAUCUUUGAAGGCAAUCGGGAUGCCCAGGGUAUUCAAACGAAUGGCUUUGUACGACCGCUGGUCACACGAUAUCUACGACUGGUGCCCACGGGAUGGGAGAAGAACAUCAACUGGCGCAUUGAGCCGCUGGGCUGUUUCCUUCCUUACCCCAACACUACUAAGCCCAUUCUGCGACCCUGUACCAUCUGCAAGGGCAUCGACCUGCCGUCUUUGACUGGAGGCGAUUGCCCUUGCAGCGAUGGUCUCUUUUGGACUGGCUCCAAGUGCAUCGAACGUAAUCUCUGCCCCUGCAUCGACAACUUCACGCCCUAUCCCAUUGGAACGAAAUUCGAGAAUAAAGACUGCGAGGAGUGCGUCUGUCUGUUGGGGGGAAUCAUCAGUUGCAAGCCACAGACCUGCCCACCCUGUCCGACCCACAUGCGGCGUGUCCGCAAUGGCUGCCACUGCGAGUGUCAGCUGUGCCCGCCCACCACGCGGCUAUGCCCCACCAGCGGGGACUGUAUUCCAAAUGAAUGGUGGUGCAAUCACGUCCAGAAUUGUGCCGAUGAUGAGGAUGAGACAUGUGAUCCUGCACAGACAACGCUGCAACCACCCACCACCAUAAAACCCCCUACAGAGUGUCCUGUUAUCGAGUGUCCCCCCGGUUACACCGUCAAGAUUAGGGGAAAAAUACCAAAAGUAUUAUCCGAAAUGCUCUUGACCUCUGUCUCUACAGAAAAUGAUGACAUCGAUCAGGCCAUCGAGCCAUUGAAGGAGUGGCUAUCGCAGCUGCAAUCCUCGGAGAACCCAGAGAUUGCUUCAGUGGUCCGUAAAGUACUUUCCUCUUUAACUGCCACUGAAGGGGAGGAGGCGGUGGUGAAGCCUCAAAGAGAGUCAGGUCUAACACUGGAACUGUUGGAGCUUAAUGAAUUGCCUUUGAUUCCACAAAGGCCAGAGACAGAGGCCUCGCCUGCAUUGCCACUGGGAAUCAUUGAGCUUCUAAAGAAAAUUGGCAUUGCAGAACCCACGAUUUCCGACUAUUCGGAUACGGAUCAGGCAGGGGAUGAGCUAGAGCUGGACUCGGAGACACUGUUGCUAGUAAAUGGCGUACGUGGAACCAAAGAUAGUUCAGAGUUGAGCUUGUACGGAUAUAACUUCCAGUUGCCACGAGAGCUGCAGGCCCUGAUGGGUCUCACUCCUUACAUUGCCACCAGAGAUCUGAAGAAUAUGGAGCUUUGCGACGCCUUCUGCUGCCUGCCCCAGAGCAACCAGACUUGCAUGGAUCCCAAGUGUCCAGAGGGUUACGAACCAAUCGUUGAUACUUCCAGCAUUGGAGCCGGAAAGUGUCCCAUCUACACCUGCAGACGGUCACGGAUACCAGACGAUACGUGCGACAUAACCGGACGUAUUUUCAGCACUUUCGAUGGUACCGUCUACAAGUAUGACAUUUGCAGCCACACCCUGGCCCGGGAUACGGACGGUAAUCGUUGGUCCAUCAGCACACAGCUCCAGUGUGCCCCAGAUCAGCCGAGCUGCGGGGCCAAGACACUGAUCAUUAGCGACCAGGAGAGAGGUAUUACCAUCAGCAUUCUGCCCAACCAGCGGGUGAUCUUCAACGGCUAUGAGUUCAGUGUACGCGAUUUGGCCUUGGUAAACGCCAUCCGGCGAUCCUUCGUCAUCAGCCAGAUAGGAGAGACCAUUGUGGUCGUUUGUCGCAAACACAAGUUCUGGGUGCAGUAUGCGGCCAGUGGAAACAUAAGGAUUGGUGUCUCCCAGGACCUGCUCGGCCGUGUGGAUGGGUUGUGUGGCUUCUACAAUGGUCGAAGUGAUGAUGAUAAGCGUACCCCUCAAAGAUUACAUGUGAUCAGCAGCACAGACUUUGGGGAUGCCUGGUAUGACCGCAAGGUACCACUGGACAAGUGUCGGCCGCAGGUCUGCCCCGUGGAUUUGCAGCAACGAGCCCUACAAAUAUGCCAAGCAGUCAGACAUCCCUCGUUUGGAGCCUGCAGCGUCUCGGUUAACAUCCAGGACUUCCUCAGCCGGUGCGUUGAGAAUACCUGCGAGUGCCUGAAGACCAAUGCCGGUGCUGAGGGCAGCUGUCGCUGCGACCUUCUGCAGCAAUUCGUUGGUCAAUGCCUGGCCGUCAAUCGCCACUUGCAGCUGACUAGCUGGAGGAGUGUGCACCGCUGCAACCAGACCUGCCGUCCCCCUCUUAUACACCACGAUUGCUACAGGCAACGCUGCGAACAGCAGUGCGGCGACCUCCAGAGCGGCCAGACGGCCAGCGUUUGUCCAUCCAUACCAAGGACCUGCUUUUCCGGAUGCUACUGUCCCGAGGGCACUGUGCGGCGAGGUGAAGAAUGUGUACCCAUCGAGGACUGCAAGGACUGCAAAUGCACCUUGUUCGGGGCCAGCAAGUUUGUCACAUACGACGGAAGCAGCUACAGCUUCAAGGGCAACUGCACCUAUCUGGUUACCAGGGAUCUGCUCCUGCCAGGCAGCUACCAUUUCCAGGUCUAUGCCACCAUCAAGCCUUGCGGUCCCGCGGAGACGGAAAGCUGUGUGCAGGCGCUGCAUGUGACUGCUGGAGAGCACACUCUCCACAUCGAACGACACGCGCAGGAUGUGAAGCUGUUGGCUGAUGGCUACCAAGUCUCCCUGUGGCCUCAUCAGUCCACCUGGCUGAAGGUGAUUCAACAGAGGGAACAGCAACUGAUUGUGCAACUGCCACAAGCCAAGCUCGAGUUGAUUGUGAAUCUGAAUACACUGCAGUUUCAGCUGAGUGUGCCUUCGGUACGGUAUGGCAGUCGCAUGGAGGGUCUGUGCGGCAACUGCAACGGCCUUAGCAUAGACGAUUUGCACAUUAAUCCCCUUAAGAAACCUACGGAUCAGCGUCCUUUGGGGUUGAUAGACUUUGUCACCAGUUGGCAGAUAGACGAACCCCGGCUGGGCAUUAACACGCGUCCCUGCCAGGGCCAUCAGAUCUGCAAGCCCCUGCCCCGGGAGCGCAAUCUUUGCUAUCACCUGAUCGUACAGUCGGGCAUCUUUGACCGUUGUCCUUUGCUCGUAGAUCCGCUGGCAUUCAUUCAGGCUUGCCAGAAGGACACCUGCACUGCCACCACGGACAAGCAGGUGAUCUGUGACGCUCUCAGUGCCUAUGCAGCCGAGUGUAACGCUGCUGGCGUCUGUGUCGACUGGCGUCCCUUUGCCGAGUGCCCGGCACAGUGUCCGCCUGGAUUGUCCUACAAGUCCUGCGAUUGCGACGUCAACUGUGACACUGGCGUUGAUCGUGUUGAUCAGAGCAAUCUGGCGAUCAUUUUCAAGGGACGCUGCCUGCAUACAGAACGUCACGAGGGCUGCUUCUGUCCCGAUGACAAGGUACUUCACCACGGCAAAUGCGUAUCCCCCAGCAAGUGCAUAACCUGCGGCGACGGCCGUCACGUGGGCGACGUUUGGCAGCCGGAUAAAUGCACAAAUUGCACUUGUCUCGCCAGCGGACAGGUCAGCUGUGAAAAGGAGCAGUGUGGUCGCGAUACGGAUCACAUCUGCCAGAAGGGCUUUACUCAGGUGGUGCUGCAAAGGGAUUACGAGUGCUGCCCCACUCGCAUAUGCGUGGGAGACAUUGAAAAGCCUCCUGGACACGUUUGUGAGAAGCCCAAGUUGCCCGAUUGCGGUCCAGACCAGCAUCGAAUUGUGGACAAGGAUGUCAAUGAAUGUCCCAUCUAUAUAUGCGAAUGCAAGCCCAAGGUUCAAUGUGAGCCUACUUCUCCAGUGAAACUACGACCAGGAGAGGAACUGCAACCCGUAGACGACGGUUGCUGUCCCGGACAACGAGUUGUCUGUGUGCCCAGCAAGUGCCCAAAGCCGCCUGCAGUAUGCGAUGAGCAUCACUAUGAACUGAUCUCAGAGAAAUUGCCCGGAGACUGCUGUGCCGUACACAAAUGUGUGCCGCCCAAGGAUAAGUGCCUGAGUCAUCACGACAAUGUGGUGCAGGCCCAUCAAACAGGCGACAAGUGGCAGGAUCCGCUGGACCCGUGCGUCUCGUACGAGUGCGUGGUUAUCGGCAAUCUGUUGCAGACAGUGAACACCAUUCUCAGCUGUGACAAAAAGUGUCCGCCCGGGUACACCUACGAGCACACGAAUAGCGCCAAGUGUUGCGGCUCCUGCGUGCCAACGGGCUGCCAUCACGAUGGCAAACUGUACAAGCCAGACGAGCAGUGGCACAGCCUGGACAAGUGCAUCACGUACACUUGCGUGUCCCUCGACGGUCAGCUGAUCAGACACGAGUCGCACGAGACCUGUGCGGAUGUCAGCCAGUGCCCGCUUGCGGAUCUUGUUGAUAAUGGCGGCUGUUGCAAGCAGUGCAAGAGUAGGCCCCCGACGCUGGAUAAAACAGGCUGUCAGGCCGUAUCUCUACCCCUUCAGCACACGGUUAGGCUGAUCAGCUACAAGAGCCAGGAUCAUGGGCAAUGCUUCAACGAGCAACCGAUCCAGGGUGUCACCCAGUGCGAGGGUGCCUGCGAUUCGGCCUUCAAGUACAAUCCGCUUUUGAUCAAGUUUGAGGAUAAGUGCAGCUGCUGUGCCGCCACGGGUUUGAGAACCGUCUUGGUGAAGGUAAAGUGUGCCGAUGGAAACUAUCUAGAACAGUCCCUGGAAGUGCCCACAGGCUGCAGUUGUGAACCGUGCAACAAACACCACUUGGCAAAAGUGCAGCCUGUUGAGGAACCGAAUCCCGUGUCUGUGGGUGAGCUCUUGGACAAUGAGAAGGAUAACGAUGAUGAAGAAGAGCUUAAUCUGCAAGACUUACUCGAUCAAAGCGGUGGCGUAAUUACGCGUUAACCGGAACCAUCCAUACCCGGAUAAUAUUAUAGAUUAAAAAGUAUCAAGCAAGAUAACUAACUUAAUAAAAGAGUUUUGUGUUUAACAUUA